CUGUGAUAUCUCUUUUCAACGAAUAGCAAUCGAGGGAUUUGCAAUUUAAUCAGAGGAUGAUAGUUACUAAUAAUUGAAUUGAUUUUGUGAGUUAACGUGAGUCAUGUGGAAAAAACUCAAUCAAAUCUAGAAAGCUUAACCUAAAAAUUAAUUAACUCGUCAAAAUUAUCAACAAAGGAAAAACAAAAUUAACAAACACCACAGAUCCGAAGAUUCAACCGGAAUUAUUUGUUCAUCGAAUCCCUCAAUAUUUUUAUAAUUUAAAAGCCUCAGGUGAAGACCUGAAUUCACCUGGUGCACUGAAAACGUCAAUCUCGUAGUCCAAGAUUCGAAGAAAAUGUCGUACCUCCGAGGCUCAGCGAAUUACGUCUGGUGCACGACAAGCGUCCUGGGGAAAGGUGCAACAGGUGCUGUAUUCCAAGGUGUUGACAAAAAUAACGGUCAACCAGUGGCGGUUAAAACGUUCAACCAACUCUCCCACAUGCGCCCAAUGGACGUCCAGAUGCGUGAAUUUCAGGUCCUGAAAAAAGUCAAGCACGAGAACAUAGUUAAACUCCUGGCAAUCGAAGAAGAGCAAGACGGUCGUGGCAAAGUCAUCGUAAUGGAGUUGUGCACUGGUGGAAGUCUCUUCAACAUAUUGGACGACCCUGAGAAUACCUACGGCCUAUCAGAGUCGGAAUUUCUUCUCGUUGUGGAGCACCUGUGCGCAGGUAUGAAACACCUACGAGACAACAACCUCGUCCACAGGGAUUUAAAACCCGGAAACAUUAUGAAAUACAUCGCCGAUGAUGGAAGUACAAUCUACAAGUUAACCGACUUCGGAGCUGCUCGUGAACUCCACGAGGACCAGCAGUUCAUGUCCCUCUAUGGCACCGAGGAAUACCUCCACCCUGACAUGUACGAGCGUGCAGUCCUGAGAAAACCCGUAGGUAAAACCUUCGGGGCGACAGUCGACCUGUGGUCAAUCGGUGUCACCCUGUACCACGUGGCCACCGGUAAUCUCCCCUUCAGGCCAUUCGGUGGUCGUCGAAACAAGGAGACAAUGUUCCACAUUACAACAAAAAAAUCGUCAGGGGUCAUCUCCGGGAGUCAGACAACCGAGAAUGGACCGAUCGAGUGGAGUCGCGAUCUCCCAAAGAACUGUAGACUGAGUUUUGGAAUAAAGAAGAUCGUUACUCCAUUGUUGGCAGGAUUAUUGGAAGUCGACAGACAGAGAAUCUGGAGUUUUGACAGAUUUUUCUCUCAAGUAACAGACAUUCUCUCGAGAAAGGCAUUUCACCUCUUCAAUAUGCACACUAUGCAAUCGAUAAUGAUCUAUCUCCAUCCUGAUGAUAAAUUUCACACACUCAGGGCUGCGAUCCAGGAGCAGACAGAUGUCGCUCCUAGUACUCAGAUUAUUCUACUCGGGGAAUCCCCUUUUAAUAUGCUAAUAGAGGAAUCAACACCGGCAAGGGGAUACCCUCUGGCCAAGAUAUCAGCUGAUAAUCCGCUGACUCUGUAUUCCAGGGACAAUAAUAAUGUCAUUCCACCGAUUGUUCCAAUUUCUGAGACUAACACCUCUCCCACAAGCACUCUAGCUCAUGGAAAUGAUGUAACAAACCAGACACCAGUUGUCUCAUCUCUGUCGUCUGUUGGUCCUUCCGACAAAUCGAAAUCAUACGCAGGAAUUGAAACUCCAAUCGUUUUUCCAACAUUCGCUAAUAUAGUAUCUGUGGAAAAUGACGCGAGUCAAGCGAAACUUGCCUGUUCCACCGGUCACUCCUGCAAAAGAACGAUCGACAAACUAGUCUCAUCCAGUAGACUAUCGCAGGAUGCAGUGACAUCUUUCAUCGGACUGCUCAUCUCCCAGCUGACGCAACUCCUGCAGAAAGUCGAUCGCCUGAAAGAGCUGACAAAGUCCCAAGAGAAGACACUCAUCGCUAUCGAGCGUUACGAAUUCUUCAGCAGGCAGACAUUCGAUAAACUCUCCGAGAAGAUAAGACCGACGUCUUCCCACGAGACCCAACAAUUCGAUAUCAACGAAUGGAAGAGUGAAUUCCAAUCAAAGACGAAGCAGCUGUUCAGUGAGAUUGCACCAGCUGUGAAUCAGCUGUACCAGAGGUACGUUAAGGACGGCCUUCUGCAGGGUGAGUGGGACUCAUCUACGAGACAAUUAAUUUGCCCAUGGAGGACUAAAGCGAGUCAGAGGGCAUCGACCCUCGUCGACAGACUGAGAGAUGGCUGGCAGCAUCUGCUGAGGGACAGAGCAACGAGAACUCUAACAUACAAUGACGAACAGUUUCACGUACUCGAGAGGAUCAAAGUAACCGAGACUGGAAGGCGGAUGAAGAUGCUACUCGAGACGGAGUGCAUUCCCUCCAUCAUCCAGAGAUCCGAGUCACUCGCCGAUUGGUACAAAAUAGCGCAGACCGUUUACCUGCAGAUUCAAUUACUCGACAAAGAUCUUGAUAAUUAUGAGCGAAAUUUGGAAGUAAUCUCUUACCGACUCACCGAUGAGAGCUCACAUCGUCACGAAGCACUUCAUAAAUUACUCAAGCAAUUGCCAAGUGGUCGGACUUCAGAGCACAGCUCACACCUCCCCAGCUGCAUCAGGGAGGAGGGUACCAAGACCUGGACAAAUAUUUAUAAUAUGCAACAGGAGAUUCUACGAAUUGUGAAGAUGAAUAAUGAGGACUUUGAGAGGGUUGAGAGAUUGUCCGAGGCAUGCAGACUGCAACGACCUAGUGAGAGUGAGGAUGAGGAUGAAGAGGACGAGGGCUCAGAUGGACAGGACAUCCACAGGACCGAAAGGAUAAAAAGCGAAUUCAAGCACAUCAUAGGAAUUCUUUCCAAAGCUCAGAAUCUCUGAAUAACGUGUCACCACUGGAAUUAAAACAUGUAAAUGAAUUUAUUGGAUUAUUUGGUUCAAUGUAUUAAAGAUAUUUUGGUAA